AUGAGCGUGCAGGAUGGUGGUGCACCGAAGGCGCCGUCCAAGAAGGCUGUGCGCUAUGUCCCGCCGCACAUGCGCAACCAGCCUGCUGGUGCGACGCCACCGGGGGAUGGGCGCGGCGGACGAGGCAGCUCCGCGUCGCUCCCGUCUGCGUUCAGCAGCGGCCGCCGCUUUGGAGGUGCUGCUGCUGAGCCUUCUGCUGGUGGCGGCGGUGGUCGAUGGGCUUCGAUGGGAGGCGGCUUUGAGUCUGGCCGCGGCCGUCGCAACGACGGUUCCGGCGCCUGGAAAGACGGGAAGCAUGUUACUGGCCCCCGAAAUGAGCGCCAUGAGCGCGAUCUCUUUGGUAUUUUGGAUGAUGGCACGACGCAGGGUACCGGUAUCAACUUUGACAAGUACAGCGACAUUCCUGUCGAGGCCACGGGCCGCGAUGUGCCAGAUCCCAUCACAGAAUUCACACAUCCCCCUGUGGACGAGCACCUUAUUUCCAAUAUCACGCUCGCGCGCUACAGCACGCCUACUCCCGUGCAGAAGUACUCGAUUCCGAUCGUGGGUGCCGGACGCGACCUGAUGGGUUGUGCCCAGACUGGCUCUGGCAAAACGGGUGGGUUCCUUUUCCCCAUUCUGUCUGCGCUCUUUACGCACGGUCCUCCGCCGCUGGAAGUGCCGCAGCAACCCACAUACGGACGCGCGAAGGCAUACCCUUCUGUACUUAUUCUCGCGCCCACCCGCGAGCUUGUUUCGCAGAUCCAUGAGGAGGCGCGCAAGUUCUGCUACCGCUCCUGGGUGCAGCCCGCUGUUGUAUACGGCGGUGCAGAUAUCGGGUCCCAGCUCCGCCAAAUUGAGCGCGGCUGCGAUCUCCUCUCAGCCACUCCUGGCCGUCUUGUCGACUUGAUUGAGCGCGGGCGUAUCAGCUUGGGGAACGUGCGCUUCCUUGUUUUGGACGAGGCCGACCGCAUGCUUGAUAUGGGUUUCGAGCCCCAGAUCCGGCGCAUUGUCCUUGGCGAGGACAUGCCCGACGUGUUUAACCGCCAAACGCUCAUGUUCUCGGCCACCUUCCCCCAGAACAUCCAGAUGCUCGCUAAAGACUUUUUGAAAGAGUAUGUCUUCCUCUCAGUUGGUCGCGUCGGUUCCACCUCGGAGAACAUUACACAGAAAAUUGAGUACGUCGAGGAGCGGGACAAGCAGUCUGUUUUGCUCGACGUGCUUGCGGCCAUGCCCACCUCUGGCCUCACGCUGAUUUUCGUCGAGACUAAGCGCAUGGCUGAUAUGCUCUCCGACUUUUUGAUCUACUCGAAUGUCGCCGCGACAUCUAUCCACGGUGACCGAACGCAAAAAGAGCGCGAGUAUGCCUUGGACCUCUUCCGCUCGGGCCGCACAUCGAUCUUGGUCGCCACGGCUGUGGCCGCGCGUGGUCUCGAUAUUCCCAACGUUACCCACGUCGUGAACUACGACUUACCUUCGGACAUUGACGACUAUGUGCACCGUAUCGGUCGUACCGGCCGUGCGGGCAAUACCGGCCACGCAACCGCCUUCUUCAACCGCAACAACCGCAACAUUGUGCGCGAUCUGAUUAAGCUGCUCCAGGAGGCGAAGCAGGAGAUUCCUUCCUGGCUGGAGAUGGUCGCGUCCGAGGGUGCCUUUGGCGGCAGCGCUCGUGGCGGCCGUGGCGGCCGUGGCGGCGGCGGCGGACGUAUAACCGGCGGCGGCCGUGGCGGUUCCCGCGACGUGCGUUCUGGUGGUAGUGCGUUUGGCUCGCGCCCUAGCGGCGGCUACGGCGGCGGCUACGGUGGCAACUCGUUUUACAAUGGGCCGCCCGCGCCCGACAGCAACAGCGCUGCGACGUCGUGGUGGUAA